AAAUUGGAACGGUUGCUUGUAAGACAAGUGACAAUUAAAAUGCGUAUAUGACAUAAUUGACGUAUAUUUUGGAUUGCGACUACGUUUUGAAGUGAGAUUGUAAUUCUUGCUAAAGAAAUUGUGUUAACAAAUAUGGGAAUGUGUUUCCCGUGUUUUAAAGUCUCUUCAACCGAUUUAGUAACUCCAGAUAUGGAAACUAGAAGAAGGCAGCAAAUUCAAGCAGCAGAAAGGAGAAUGAGAGAGCAAGAAAGUAGAGGAAUCAAGGAUCCUGAGAGAUUUAAGCAUCAGCAGUUGAAGAAAGAGGAAUGCGAACGUAGGCAAGAGGAAGCACAGAAAGCAUCUACAGGGGCGAGAGGAGGAGGCUUAAAGUGGCAAGUUGACUGAACCGUAAGCACAGCAACCAUUAUCUGGUGACUUUGGAUGUGGUGUUUAUGUGUUUUGUGUACCACAGUGAACACUUUAUGAUAUACUUAUGUACAGGGUACCUCACAGCAGUGUCUGAAUGUCUGAAUUCCAUUUCACGGAAUUUUACAUUCACAACUGGGCAUAAUUAUUACAAAAUACUUAUUUUUCUGCACAUGCAAAUUGCAAGGGUUCAGAAAGAAGAAAUAAAUACAGAAGUUUGGUGGACAAUAGUCACAGGAAAAUAACAUUUCAGAGGCAUUGACAUGAGUGGAAGGACAGUAUUGAAACAAAACUUAAAGCAGCACAUUAAGAUACAGAUUAUAUUAGGCUGGAUCAGAAUUGGGUCCAAUACUAAGUUCUUGUGAAGGUGAUAAUAAAACUUUGAUUUAUAAUCAUAA